AGAUAUUACAAUAAACUGUACUCCUGUAAAUGGGACCAGAGUUGUACAUCUAUCAACUGAACUUGAGCAGCAGAAAAUAUAGAAACACAAAAAUUAGUUCGUUUCUACUUCUGGACUUGUUGUGCUUUUAAAGUUACCAUGGACGAAGGGUUUCCUGGGCUCAGACAGAAAAAACCUGAUGCUUAUGGCAAGACACAAGAAACAAACAUGGCUCCCUCGACUUUCAACAUGAACCAAAACUUUGCAGUAGUUUUCCCCCUGCUCUCUGAGAGUCAGAGGCUUGUGUGGGUGCACUCAAAUGAGAUCGACCUCCAGCUGCUGGAUUGUGUUGCUGAACUGGACCAGGCCUUUGACAGCUUCCCCUAUCUCACGCAGAAACAGACAGCUGUGGUGGCACAACGCUGCUCUUUACACCCAGACCAGGUGAAGGUGUGGUUCAUGUUACAGAGGCUACGCUAUGGCAUCAGCUGGGACUACAAGGACAUCCAAGAUCUUCGGAAGAAGUUCAAGAAUGGUCACGGAAAGGCUCUGAGCAAGGAAGAGCUGCAAAGCAUGAACACAAGAGAAAAGAAGAAACGGGGGAAAGUCAAAGAGAGUGGGUUGAAUAAGGUGGGAAAGGGCAGGAAGGAACAUGUGGGAAAGAUAAAAGGAGAAAAAGUGAAGAACGCUGAGCAGCUGGAGAGAAAAGUAAUGCAGGAGAAACCUAUAAACCAAGAGAAGAACAGCAAAGUAGAAAAAACUGAUGAAGAAGACUGGUGUCCUCAAAAAAAGCGGAAAAGGAGGACAGGGAGAAACAAGAUUGAAAAGAAGUUGAAGCAAGAUGGGGAUGGUGCUGUGGAGAGAGCAGAAGAGGAAACAAGAGGUGAUCGGGUUAAGAUGGAAGGGGAAAAACCCUUUAAGUCAAAGAAAAAUCUUCCAAUAGGAACGGAGAAGAGAACCAUGAUGAGGUUAGCAUUCUUGAACUGCCAGUAUCCAAACAGUGAGGACUUCAGCCACCUGACAGCGUUGAUUGGCAUCCCUCGCUCUGACUUGGUUCAGUGGUUCAGUGACAUGCGCUAUUACGUGAAGAACAGGAGGCCACUCUGGAUGAGUCAGGAGCAGCACAGGCAGGCGCUCGCCAACAUCCAGCAGCGGCAAAAUAUUUUCAUGUGGGCGAAGGAAGCAGUGAAUGAUUUCAGAGGAGAGAAAACCCAGGAGAAGAUGAAAACAUAAAGGAACCUUCAGAUAUGAUGCCUCAGCCUCUGUAGCAGAAAAGGGAAUGAAGACGGAGAAAUCACAUCUUCACAGUUGGAAAGUUACAGUUGUAUGGUGCUAAUUCUGGGUCCAGCUGUUUCACAAAGGGCUGAACAAUUUGGAGAAAAUGUCUAGUUGCCAUUUGUUGGACAUAUAUUGGAAAUACAAUUUGAGUUUUUAGUUAUAAAUACAUUUUCAGGUCUCAGUAAGGAAUGCAUAAUAUACACACAGUGUAAAUAAUGCAUAUAAAAUAAGCACAAUUCAUAUGCUUUGAAUGUCAAACAGGCUACCAAAAAACUAAAUUGAUCAAAAAUAAAUCCAAUGUUAUAAAGGGAAAACCUAAAAACAGCAAAACAUCCAUAACAAAAAAGAGAUAAAGUUAAAAUUAACAAAUUACAAUUACAAAUUAACAAAUUAAAAUAUGUUGCGUUACAAUCAGUAUCAUUUAGUUCGCUUUAGUUCAAUAUUGAUAGAAUUGAAACGUCUUUAAAGAUAUUGAUUAUUUCAAACCUUUACUGAUUGCAUUUUUAAUUGGCAUAAAAUGUACAACAAUCCAAUUAGAGAUUUAAAUUGCAGCUGUUGCAAAGGGGAAAUGAUUGAUGUUUGUUCACAUACACAUUCAAGUCAUUCAAGUUAAAACAUUUACUUUGUUUAUUGUUCGAGUGUGACCUCAUGAAAACACUCUUUUUCAAAAGGAGACAAUGUUGCAGAUCAAAAAAGAUUAUCACCACAUCCUGUUUGUGAGCAGAUUAUAUGACACUAUUUCUGGAUAAAAAUAGAAUAAUUACCUGCUUUUGUUAACUUUACUCUGUUGUUACUAAAGACAGUUUCCAAUGUAAAAUGGUUACAGAUUUGCAUUUUGUGUAGAUUGUUUAAAAAGGUAGAGUGUGCAAAAUAUGUUCAGUUUGUCCAUUGUGGGCUACUGUAAAAACAUGGUGGUCUAAAAUGGCUGCCUCUGUAGGGCUGAGCCAGCUCCUUAUAUAAAUAUAAAAGGCCUAUUCUGGGGUAAUGAAAAACAGCAAUUCAUAAAAUCAGGUGAUUGCACACAUGUAAAAGAAAAUUAAAUAAAGUUAUUUUAUAUAAAAUUUAGGCCAAUUAAAGAUUAUUUCACCCAAAUUUUACACGCUAAACCUUUAAUAUCAGUGUUAUAUAUAUCUAAAGAGAUGUUCAUGCCAUGUUUAUUUCGUGAGGAUAAGAACAAGUCAGACAAACCUACAAGUUCUUAUUUAACCAGCCAUUAAUUGUUAUCAGACUUAGUUAAUCUCUGUUACUUGUUCAGUUCCACCUGGCUGUGUACUCUGCUCUCUGUGGCUGCCAAAACUCUGCUCCUUCAAUAACACGUCGGAUCAAGGACGCUGAAGUGAUGAGCAGGUGUCCGGCAGCCUGAAGGAGGGUGGAGGCCACACGCAGAGCUUCUCUGCAAAACACACAAGUGAUAACAAGUGGCAUCAGAGUCUUUUCUCUGCUGAGACGGAGCCACAGACUUCAUCGACUUCAAGGACUUUGGACUACAUUUCAAAAGUUUAUUGCAGAUUUCUGUUUGUGACAAAAUGUGUAUUCUCUAACUUCUGUGUGAAAAAAUAAAGAUGAUAACAAAUUCA